AUGGCCGACGUCGCACAUUCCUCACACUCCCGACCGCGAGCGAUACCAACCCUCACUCCUAAUCUCGCCCCUCCACGACACAGUUCUCACCUCACGCUAGAAACAUCGCCAGUCACACAAUACGGCAGCUAUGAAUUCGACAGGAUCGUCAAGUCCGGUCAGGUCCUUAAGCGGACAAGAAAGACGAAGUCAUGGAAGACCGUCUUCAUCGUCCUACGGCCGCAUCUACUUUCCAUAUACAAGGACGCCGACGAGUCCAGGCUCCGCCAUCAAGUCCAACUGUCCGAACUCACAGCCGUAGCACGACAACGAGAUCCCAAACGCAGAGACAAGCAUGUCUUCGGACUCUUUUCGCCCUCACGAAAUUUUCACCUCGAAGCAUUAUCCGACAAGGAGGCACAUGAAUGGGUAGAACUUAUACGGCAAGGAGCGGGCAUGGACACGAAAGAGGAUGAAAUGGUCCUUGCGAGUCCAGGCGGAGCAGAAUCAUCAUACGUGGGUUUCGAGCGCAGACAACGGCAGGCUUCAAAGACAUCCGCAGCAGAUUACUACUCCGGAGUCGAACACGGUUCAAUGUCCGACUUCUCCGACUCCGGUCUAACCGCCGCAGCUCGGAUGUCCGCUCUUUCCCUCUCGACCCCGGAUGCUCGCCAGCGAGAUGCCAGUCAACUCUCCGCCCUUGGUAUGCCCUCUCCCGACGAAGUCCGCACAAAACCUUCCGCCUCCGACGAGCGCGUAAUAAAUCACGGCUGGAUUCACCUCCUGAAAUCAAAGUCCGGCGUCCGGCAGUGGAAGAAAGUCUGGAUGGUGCUUCGGCCGAAAGGACUGGCGAUAUACAAGAACGAGGAGGAAUAUUCAGCAUUGGUGGUGCUUCCCUUUUCAACGAUCAUUGAUGCGGUGGAAAUUGAUCCGAUCAGUAAGAGUAAGAGGGAGUGCAUGCAGAUUAUCAGCGAGGAGAGGAAUUAUCGCUUUUGUGCUUUCGAUGAGGAGAGUUUGGCGAGGUGGUUGGGUGCGUUCAAAAGUCUAUUGGAGAAGAGGAAGGCUUCGAAGGCGGCGGCCGCGUCAGGAGGGGUGGGAUCACUGGCGGGUUGA